CUAGAACCAAGUCAACGGCCGAAAAGCCUCUCUUGCUGAGCUUCGAUCCGCACGCCUUCCGCAACUCUCAACCAUGUCAAGACGACCCAGCGCUGCCUCGGCGGCCAUCAAUGGCCCUACCUCGAGAGAGCUGUCGCCCCAGAACCAACCAGCAAUUGACAAGCAAAAGACGCUUCUCUCUGCAGACGUGGGCCACUUCUCGCUGGUACGAGCCAUGCACCUCGCAGAUCUCAUUACUCUUCUGAAUGGCUUCUGCGGUGUCAUGUCGAUAUUCUCGUCCCUACACUCCUGCCUGGAGCCUGCCAAGAGGGAGGAUCACCUGUGGUGGGCUCUGGUCUUCUUGCCGUUUGGCUUUUUCUUCGACGCUCUCGAUGGCAAGGUGGCUCGAUGGAGGAAGAAGAGCAGCCUGAUGGGACAAGAGCUGGAUUCCCUUGCUGAUUUGAUCUCUUUCGGUGUCGCUCCCGCCAUGGUCGCCUUCUCCCUUGGCCUUCGAACCUCUGCCGAUACACUUGGUCUCGCCUUUUUUGUUCUAUGUGGACUGACUAGACUUGCCCGCUUCAACGUUACCGUCGCUGUUCUGCCCAAGGACGCCACUGGCAAGAGCAAAUUCUUCGAGGGCACUCCCAUUCCGACGUCACUGGGUUUGGAUGCACUCAUGGCUUACUGGCUGCAGCAAGGCUGGAUCUUGGAGAGCAUCCCCUUUGGCACCGUGUUCACUGGUACAUCGCUCGAGUUCCACCCCAUCGUGCUCUUGUUCGUUGUUCACGGCUGCAUGAUGACCAGCAAGACGAUACGCAUACCAAAGCCCUAAAUCAACAGCGGAAUUGGCUGUCGUGAGCAGUGGCUCUACUUUUUCAUACUUGGUCUUACUGGAUAUGCGGCUGUGGCAAAUGGGGUAGAGGGCUAAUAGUCUUGUAUGGUUCAUGAUCAAUGAGUUGGCGCACAACGAAAUUGUUCAGACUUUGUUCAGUUGGGUAACUAUUUGGCGAGCGCCUCGCAUAAAGAUACACGUUAUACUCUAAGGGAUGGGCUUUCCUUCUUUCUUUUUCUGAUUACAUUGAUCGAUUCCCUAUACGACUGACGUUUUGGACCACUUGAUAGUCUUGAGGAGGAGAAUGUGGUCUAUAUGGCCUAGUAACAGAGGUUAUGAUACCCCCCGGAUAAUCUUAUUAUUUCUUG